AUGGAGCCCUACGUGGCGCUGGACCCGCGGCAGCGAGCGCUCUACCGCGACGUGAUGCAGGAGAGCUACGAGGCACUGAUGGCCCUGGAAUUCCCCGUUUCUAAGCCCGAUCUGGACCAACCCACAGCCCUGGAUCUUCACGUGCCCGGGGACAACGCGGCCACCGACGACGGAGCAGGAGCAGAGCAGGAACCUCCUGGAGAAGCCGCCGUGAAAGAGCCCGAAGCGGUGAAACCCUCAGGUGAGGAAAAUCCUUUGAGCCCCACGGAGCUGAGGGUUGGCAGGAACGGAGGAGAAGGGGCCACGACCCCCACCCAACCCCCCAACACCUGCGGCGAGUGCGGGAAGAGCUUCAGCCACAAAUCAGCCCUGGUCAAACACCAGAAAAUCCACAGCGGCGACCGCCCCUACCGCUGCCCCGACUGCGGCAAAACCUUCAUCCAACGUUCUGACCUCACCAUCCACCACCGGGUCCACACCGGGGAACGUCCCUACGCCUGCCCCGACUGCGGCCGCCGCUUCAGCGUCAGCUCCUCCCUCCUCACCCACCAACGGACCCACGGCCCCGCCGGCACGCAGCCCAACCGCUGCCCUCAGUGCGGCCGCGGCUUCGCCGAUCCCGAAGCUUUGGACCGGCACCGGAAGAGCCACUCGGGUGGAAAACCCUUUGAGUGUGGGGUCUGUGGGAAAGCUUUCUCCUGGAACUCCCACCUGGAACGCCACCGACGCAUCCACACCGGGGAGAAACCCUUCCGCUGCGCCCGCUGCGGUCGGGCCUUCGCCUGGAGCUCCCAUCUUGAGCGGCACAUGCGCACCCACGCUGCCGUCUCCGAGGAGGAGGAGGAGGAGGAAGGAGCUGAAGAAGAACCCCCACCACCCCCCCAAAAAUGCACCAACUGUGGCAAACGCCUCAACCACCAGACAGACCCUCAACGUUUCCAGCACAAAGGGACCCAAACUCCCCUGCUUGGCGCCGAGCCCGCCGGCAGCUGCUCCCCGCCGCCAUCUUCCCACUGCGAGCAACGCGGGGAAUCUCUUGGCCAAAGCUCCGACCUCCUCCAACACCAACACCUCCACGCCGGCGAGCGGCCCUAUGCCUGCCCGGCCUGCCACUUGGGUUGCUUCCGUUGGGGUUCAGCCUUGGCCAAGCACCAACGCGCCCACUCCCGGCAGCGAAACGCCAAAACGGCGCCGACCUCCACCCAAAAUGGCAGCGUCGGCGUCGCCAAACCUUACCCGUGCGGGGCGUGCGGGAAGAGCUUCGGUUGGAUCUCCCACUUGGAACGGCACCGCCGCAUCCACACCGGGGAGAAACCCUUUGGCUGUGGGCACUGCGGGAAACGCUUCAGACGCAGCUCCCACCGCAACCGCCACCAACGCGCCCACUCCCCAGGAGAAGCAGGAGGAGGAGGAGGAGGAGGAGGAGAGGGAGGAAGGCCAGAAAAACCUCCCCAACGUGGCAAAACCCUCGGUGCCGCCAUGGCCGCUCCCCGGCGGCUCCGUGGUCCCAUCCCUUGGUUGCCCACGGUUUGGUGGGAGGGUGAGGGGACGCCCGCCACCUCCCAACGUUGGCCUGAAGCCCCCAGCUCUGGUUCUCAGCCUCUGCCUUCCUCCUCUUCCUCCUCUUCAUCCUUCUCCAUCGCCCCCCGGGAUUGGCCCAAGGCUCUGUUGCCCCCUGCCAUGAGGUGGAGGCCUGGGGAGGGGGGGACCCAACCCAGCGAUGCCGCUGCCCCCCAAGAGUCUUGGGCUUCCCUCCCACCCCCCAACUCCUGAGGGGGGGCUGCAAGGAUGGGGCUCAAAGUCACUUCUGGGGACA